AAUGUGUAUUUGUAAGAAGAAGUAUAACUAAGUAAGCGGUUUUAAUCAUUUGUUUGUGUUUGAAUUUUAUUAAAAUUUGUAUAAAAAUGUCUGAAAAGGUAUAUAAAAUCUGUGAUAUUUGCAAAGAUAAGACAAAUUGUGAUUACGAUCUACUAAUAUUCGGUGACUGGCAACAUAGUCGUGAUAUUACCGUACAUUACUUUUGUUUGUUACUCUCUACUCAUCUGCCGCAAAGAGGUAAAGAUUGCAGUGGUAUAAACGGAUUUCUGGUGCGAGAUAUACGUAAAGAAAUCAGUGCCGCUUCCAAACGUGUAUGCUGCUAUUGUGGCCGUCAUAACGCCUCCAUACAAUGCUUCAAAUGUAAUGAGUACUUUCAUUUAGCCUGUGGACGAACAUAUCGCUGUCUAUUCAGAUUUGUGGACGAUUUUCGUUCAUAUUGCGAUGAAUGUGUUCCCAAAAAAGAACUACAAUCGGUGACAUUUCAGAAACGCCCAUCUAGCUUAACACGUUGUAUCAUUUGUCGCGAUCAAAUGGGCUUAUACGAUGAAGUAAUCUUUAUAUUUGGUAAAUGCUGCAAUGAUGGGUACGCGCAUAAUGUCUGCGUUCAACAGUACGCAUUGGCAGCUGGUUAUUAUUUGCGUUGUCUUUGGUGUGGCAGUAAGGAGUUUCGCGAUUCGGUGCGAUCACAGGGCAUUUUUGUACCAGAUAGAGACGCGCGUUGGGAGUUGCAGAAAGGCAUAUACACCGACUUACACCGUGGACACAGUACUUGCAAUAUGGAUGUAUGCUUAUGUCCCAAAGGACGUGACUACAAUAGAGGUAAAUGGUCCGUGAUACUAUGUUCAUUGUGUGGCAGUGUAGGCGCCCAUAAUCCCAAAUGUUUAUUGGGCAAAGAAAACGCUAAAGAACCACUUACCACAUUUAAAUGUGCGACUUGCGCGAACACCGAAUCGAAUGUCUCGAAUUUGGAAAAACGCGAAUUAAACGCUACAAAUACUAAUGAUAUUAUUGAUAAGAGUAUUUUUAUGACAAAAAACAACACUAAUGUUAAUAAACAAGUCGUAUCGAAUUUAGUGGCUUCCUUCUCCGAGGAUGAAGAUACACAGUCAUGUGAUAGUUUUGUUACAGUAAUUCCACAAAACGGUUCCAAAUUGAAUGCAUCAAAUUCAUCAGUUCCUGUUAAUGAAAAUCGUACCGAUAAUUCAAUAGCAGAGGCAUCUCCUGAGAGUGUUCACAACAAUUCUGUUGUAGAAGUUCAAAAAACGAUCGUAAUACACUCAACUCAAAGUGGCUCAUCCGAUGAAAAUUCAAGAAAUGUAUCAAAAGAAGUGCCUUCUCCGGGCGUGAUACUGUCAGUUUGCGAGGAAGACACUACAAAUGUAGUGAAAGAAACACUACCAGAGCCGCAGUCGUCCACACAAUUUAUUGAAGAUGAUGAGACGCAAAUAUUUGGUACUGACAUAUUUCAAGAAAAUACCAUCAAAGCCACUUCAACAGCGAAGAAGCAAUUAAAUUAUGAAAUUCAGGACGAUGAAACACAAGAGUUUAAUGAAAGUUCUUCGAAAAUAUCAAAAACGAAUGUAUCAGUAAUGCAACCUCUGGAAUCGCAAAAUACAACAGAAGCUGCGAGCAGUACCACGCCCAUGUGUCUGGAAUCUACACUCAACUUAGUAAGCUCCCAAACUGCUAACUCACCGGAUAAUAUGUAUCAAUCACCUGUUGUCUCUUCUUCUUCCCAACUUGAAGAGCUGGAGGAGUGGGCAUGCUUUCAAGUAUACGAUUAUGAUGAUGCGGAGGGUAAUUGCAUUGGUAGUGCCACAGCUCGCAUUAAUUUAAAUGAUGAAAGGUUUGCUGGUCUGACCCUGCAAGAUAUUGAAAUGAAUUGUAGUAAGCUCUUAAGAAAUGAUGAUGUCAUAGAGCGUUGCGAAGAUGUUGGCAUCUUUGCCAAAAUCGAUGCGAUAAUUAGCGAGUAUACAAUGUAGCGAAAAAUUAAAAAUGAAAUGCAUGGAUAGUGAGAGAGAGAGAGAGGAGAUUGACUUGAGUAGAGCUUUGAGUGAAUACUAAAGCAAAAUUCAUUUUAACAUAAAUACAUAUUUGUUAUUUUUGUACUGUUUUAAAU